AAAUCAUUAUCUUUUCUCAUAGAGAAUAAUUAUUCAAUACAUUCUAAUUCUACACUACCACAUUACUUGCUUUGUUAUAUAGUCAAUCCAGAUAUUCUAAAUAUUAAGUUAAGUAAGAUCUACCUAAGUAUCUAUUCGCACCGUUAUUAUUGAAAAUACGUUUUCAAAGUAGCAUCCAGUCUUUCCAUUAUUUAAAGGUACAGUAUAUAAUUAAAGUAGUGUUAUUUAAACAAUUCUUUUGUGUAUUAUAACAAUAUUUUGUACCAGUGGCUUCAUAAUUAAAAGGACGCGUGCUGGUUUUAAAUUUCUGUUUUUUCGUUAACACCAAAAGGACGGACAACGAAUGAGGUUUCAGAAUAAUAGGAAGAAUGGGCUUGUAUUUUCAGCAUUAGGCCUUUUAGUUCAGUUUUAGACCUUUCGGUUAAUAUAUGGACAAUUCCCCCUUUUCAUGGAACCCUAUAUCGUCACAAAAUUGGAUCCUGUUUUCGAAGUCGGUAGAGGGUAGAGAUAGAUUUUAUUGCCAAUAUUAAACAUGGAGUGGACAUAUCUCCCCAUUAUUAGCUCUGUAUUUGCACAAGGGAUGCGUCUACUUUUCAGUUCGGACAGCCACAUUCGCCUGGAAGAACAUAUAAAACUGCAUCAUCUUCAUAAAUUACUUCACCAAUUUCAAACUCAUGUUCCUAUGCGUAUAGACCAGAAUGAAAGCAAAGAAAAUGAAGGGAUACCUUUGCAAAAAAGUAAAGAUGACAGCUCCGAAAAAGUUCGACAAAAAGCAGGAAUGAUGACUUUGGCAGAAUUUAAAGUAAUAAUAUCAUCCAUGUUGGGAACAAAAAAAUGGAAUGAUCAAAUGGAAAUGUUGUUUUACAAGGUUGAUACGGGUUGUGAUGGAUACGUUGAUUGGAAUGAAUUUUGCACUUAUAUGCUCUUACAAAUGCGAGAACUGGAGCAUAUACAAAACGCGAAAUUGAAACCCUUCACUACGGAAGCAAUAGUAAAACGAGCUUAUCAUAAUAAGCAAGAAACAACAACUAAAAUGUUGUUGGUUGAAAAUCCAACCCGAAUAGUGAAUAUCAGUAAAGUGGGUGAUAUUGGUGUCUACGACACAGAACUUCGUCUGUUGAAGAAUUACAAACUUGGAUCGAAUUUCAGCGCUGACGAUGCAGUUUCACGGCGUCGUUGCCAUACGUGGGUGACUGAUGGAGUCUAUAUGAGGAACGCACAAAAAUUUGCCCUGACUACAACUAGCCGAGAAAUCUAUUUUUAUGAUACUUCAACCGCAACUUACUACGCAGAAUUCUGCUUGUAUGCGUUGCCAGAUGUUCCCAACUGUGUUAAUUUCUGGUAUGCCGAAAAUGCAACAAAUUCACAUUCAAUGCUAUUAUUUGGUGAUGACACUGGAUCUGUCCAUAUUCUUCAUUUUCAUUUCCCGCAAUCCAGACUUUUUGAAAAACCAUUCAGUCCGCAACAAGGGACACAAAGAGUAUAUUUCAAUGAUAUAAAGGAACACAAACGAUAUGUUACAUAUGAGUUUAUUCCCAAUAUUCAUGAAGAAGUUAUUCGAAGAGUGAUGUACGUAGCUGACGGUGACGUCAUCAUUUCGUCAUCAGUGUCGUCAAGCACAUCCGUUGUUCUCAUGGACUUGAAAAAGAAAAAGAAGACAUAUAUCUACAAAGUAAAUAAGGGUGUAGAAUGUUUUGACUACAGCAAGAGUCUAAACGUUUUGGUUACGGGUAGUCUGGAUCAUUUUGUGAGAAUUUGGAAUCCAUACGUUGAAGCUAAACCAAUAUGUUUACUUCAAGGCCACAGUACAGGAAUAUGUGAUGUUGUCAUCAACCGUUCUUAUGCGCAGAUCAUCAGCUAUUCAAAAGACGCGGUUAUCAAGGUAUGGGAUAUUAAGGAACAUUAUUGUAUACAAACUAUAACACUGAAAAUCCCAUCAGUACAACCAGGCCGUAUUCCAGAUCACGGCGAAUUUCCCAUAAGCCUUUUCGAGCGACCACAUAACCUGAUGUUAGUUUCGUGCAAUGAUUGUAUAGCUUUGUUGAAAAUGGGAAAAUUAGAACCAGCACCUGAAGCCCCAACAACUCACAAAGCGGCGUUAUGCAAUGCAAUAUAUAAUGAUCUAUUUCAUCAGGUUGUAACAGCAGCUGACGAUUCAACUGUCACAGUGUGGAAUGUAGAAAAUGGAACAAGAUCUCUGAAAUUCAGCAACGCUCACGAGAAUGAAGAAAUCACGUGUUUAUCUUUUGAUAAGACAUACAGGCGACUUUUCACGGGUGCAAGAGAUGGAUCAAUGAAGGCGUGGAACUUUCAAAAUGGAAACUGUUUACACGAGUUUGAAUCUGUUACUGAAGCGGAGGUUACUGGUAUUAUGUCCUUUCAGGACCAAAAAAUACUUGCUGUUGGUUGGAGUCGAUGCAUUACAUUGUACGACGAUUCGGAUCCUGAUAUAGUAUACGUAACUGCGAGUACAAAUUGGAAAAGCGGACAGAUUCAUAAAGAUGAUAUAUUGACAAUGGAUCAUUGUGACCCAAAUUAUUUAGCAACCGGAAGUUAUGACGGAACUAUAAUUGUUUGGAACGAAGAAACACAACAGAUCACGACAAAGCUUAGAGAUGGAAGCAGUGCAAGGUCCGCACCGAUUGAAAAACUUCUAUUUCUUCAAGAUAGAUUUGCGAAAAAAUAUAAGAACGGUGCAGUCCUGCUAAGCAGUGAAUGUGGGAUAAUUCAUAUGUGGUGUGUAUUUGGUCACAAUAAUUUACUUGGAAAAUUCUCAGCUGUAGAAAAAUCAGAUUUGUCAGUUUUGGGAAUGUCAACUUCGCCCGACAAUUCGGUUCUGAUUACAGGGGACAUUGAGGGCAAUGUGACGGUCUGGGACAUUUCAAAUCACUGCCUAUGUGAUAUAUCCGAGUGCGUGACAACAAAACCUCCACUAAAAUAUCGCUGGAAAGCACACGACAAGUCUAUCGUUAACGUUAAUUACAUCGACUAUGAACUCCAAGGAUUGCUGGUGACGUCAUCAACAGAUAAAACAGCAAGAUUAUGGACUUUAGAAGGAAAGUUUGUUGGUACAUUUGGACAGUCAAGAAAAUGGGACCUAAAACGUCCUGCUACUUUUCAACACCCAAGAAACCCAUGGGGCGAACUUGUCGAAGAUGUCCCAAUUAUUGAUCCACUGCCUGAUUUAGCGACUGAAGUAACAAAAUCAUCGUCCGAACAAAACUUACAUGAGCUUGAUGCAGCUGAGGAGAAGAAAGAAAUAGAAGAAAACAAAGAAAAGUCCGAGGAUACGAAACAGGGGAACACGCCGAUUAAAUUUACACUUCCAAAAGUGGACGAAGACAACGACAAACUCAACCAAGUCGAAAUGGCGACAGCUCCUCCACAGGAUUCUACAAGAAUUAAUCAGAGACGUAUGACGUCUCAUCCUGACGUGAGUGGGAAUCCAAGAAACGUGGAAAAAACAAGACUGAAAUGGAAAGAAUCUAGAUCUACUACUAUUGGCCAAUUUCAACUUCCGAAGUUCAAGGAAAAAAUACUUGGUGAAAAAGCAGAAAAACAUCUUGCUCGACGGACAGUCACCAGACAAGAAAGACGAUACAGAGUUGGAUAUAUCGACCGAAACACAACUUCUCGAUUCGGAAAUUUAUGUUCUCCAUUCCAAGCUUUAUCUAUACCGGACACCAAGAAAAUAGACUUUUCGUCGGGCCUACCUAUGUCUCAACGUAUGCAAGAUCGAGGAAUGGCAUGCUUAUCCGAAAAAGACCUAGGGAAACUACCUUUGAGUAACUUAUUGGAAGUUGGUGACGAUAGUGAAUCGGCAGUUGGGGUAGACCGACAAGGAAGAAAACUCUCAUCCAGGCGGAAUUUACGUCAUGGAUCACCACGUCGAGGGACUUUUCUUCCUCCAAUAACUUCUCGAGCUUCAUCUAGAACUUCUGCGAGCGAUCGACCGGUUACCGGAAGCAGAUCGACGUCCUCAUCAAUAUGUGGAAGUAGAUAAUUCAGGCAAUGACUAAGUAAAAGAAUCAAUUUAUUCACGUAAAAAUAUUUGAGGAAUAUUUUGUUUUUUUUCUAUAUCAGAAAUUUAUAUGUAAGAUUCUGAUCUACGAGUCGACAUGUCGGUCGCAUCUCCAUCAUCUGUUAUAAUAAUUUUCGACAGAAUUUUUGACUUAUACCUAUUAUACCCACAUUAUAUAACAAUACAGUUUUAUUUUUUAAAUGUUCAAAGCAGCGUUUUUAUAUUGUAAUGAAAUAGGAUUAUAUUUUUACCAAGUUCAAGUCAUGCUAUCGAUAUUUUCUUGACUAUAUAUUUUAAUAUAUAUAAAUGCACUUCAAUUUUAAAUGAUCUACUAUUUUGAUAAAACAUACCUAUGUUGUGUAAUUUUACAAAAUGUGAAGUCAACAAAGUUUUCACAAAAAAUGGUUCAAUCUCAAUUAUGGACUGUGGAGGGGUGGUCAACAGAGAAUCCAAAGUGGAUUGAAAUAAAUGAUAGAAUUGAGGGUGUUAG